UAUAUGUCUGCUUAAGCAAAGGAAAUGUUUUAAAGAUCAACCAUGAGAUCAAAAUGGUUUUCUGUUUUAAUUUUUAUUUUGUCGUUUUCUUUAUGGUUUGUGUUCUGUGGGAAGGGCUGGCUGGGACAAUCUUUGGUUUUUGAAAUCCCCUAGAUUGCUUGAAGUUGAGGACUAUGUCUUUUUAUGUUCUGUAUUUUUCUCACUUUGAUUACCUAUUAAUAACUUUCCUCAAUUUGCUGUGGAUCUGGCUGCUUAUAGAAUCGAAUUACCUUAAAUGGAUUAGUAUGAGGAAGUCGUUAGUUCAUCGGGAUGUGCAAAGUUUGUGGGAGUGCACCAUUUGAGAUACUAGAAUUUGUUCAGCAGCUUGUUUUUUAUUCACUCGCUAGACUAUUCACAAAAGGCAGUUGACCUUUAAUUGCAUUUAAGAUUUGAGAGUGGUUUGCUUUAUAGAAACAUUUGAGAGUAGUUUGGAUGAAGAUCAGAUUCAAUUUCAGAAAUAACUUGUCCGCGGAUUGCAGCCGAUUCAGAAAUUGUGCUCUGGGUCCAUGUAUGAACUGUUUGAAUAAAAAUCCUUUCUCUUUCUGGACUUGAUUGCGUCAUCUGCAUGUUGGCCUUGGAUUGAAGACAAUUUUCUUCAUUCAGAGUUAGAUGCAUAGCAGUCAACUGACAUUAACGUUCAGUAAACUUCUUUGCUUUGCGAGAUGCAUCAAAUGUGGGAAUAGAGGGUAGAAUUAGCUUUAGAUGCAAGUUGCUUCGAUCAUGCGUAGCAGUGGAAAGAGUCAUGCUUUUUUCUGCUAUAAGUGGGAAUAAAGUCCAUCAAUAGAUGAAUUUCAAAUGCAUAAACUACGCUUUGUGUCCAGUUCAAACAUGUCUUCAAGUUGAGUUGGCAGACAGCUUCCAAGAAUGGCACCUCUUGGUUUUGGCGUCCUGCAAGAUGAAUGUGAUUGGAAAUUGUUGUCUGCUCUUUUUACUAGAAGUUGGUGUCAUAUUCCCUAGUUCGAGGGACCAGAUGUUAGACACGAAUUCUAAGUGCUUUGGAAGGAACAUGAGAAAGUAUCAUUUUCUUUUUUAGCUGAUUUUUCAAAUCUGCUAUUUCUUUGCUAGUUUGUGAUUUGUCCUGUCGAUAAUUUCUUUGGACUGUAAGCUGCAUAAGAUCUUGGUGCACGAAGUUCACAAGAGAAACAUAACAACUUCCGUGCUUCUGCUUUUGAUGCUAUGAGGAUAUUGCGACCUUUAGCUUUCUACGUUGUUGUCCGUUUCACCUCCUUAUGUUUGUGGUGCUCGUAGUCUGCGCGUUCUUUUGAGUUUGUUUUGAAGAAAAGUCAGGGAACAAAGUUUUGAAGUUGUAGCGGCACUUAUCAAACCACCCUGCUUCACUAUAUAAGUAUAUAUGUUCGACAAUCAAGAGGGAACUCGAUUCUUGACCUUUUGAAAGACAUAAGGUCUAGCUACCUUCUGUGUAUUUGAAGGUUGGAUUGUUGCUUCAGUGUUUUUAGUUCGUUCACACUUUGGAGCAUCAGAAGAUGACAUACUCUUAAAGUCUGAAGAGAAGUAGUUCUUUAAUCAACCUAGUGAAAACAAUGAAGUGUUUUACUUUUCAAAUUUUUAUGGUCAAUGAUAUGUUGCUUUGGAUUAGUUUUUUGGCAUCUUAGUUGUCCAUUCGCUUUGAAAUGCAUUUUAUAUGCUGAAGCUGGAUUAAGAUUUUGAAGAUCAGCUUCAUCUUCUUUGACGGCUUUCUAGCCAACAGCUAAAGAGGGGGAAGUUGAAAUGUCACUAGUUGAUGGAUGUUCUUAAUUUAGAUUAGUUGAAUUGUUGCUGGAAAAGUUAGCUGAAUGAAGAUCAGUGUCUUGCAUAAUAACUGAAAUAAAAGCAUAUGUUUUUGGGAAAUCUAACAUGGAGAGCUCCUCAAAAAGGUAUCUUGCAGCUGAGCUUUCUCAGUACGGUCAAUCACCUAUGGCUUAGAUGUACUUCUGCCAUAUAUUUGCUUGGCACUUGUUAGUUGGUUGAAAUAAGUGAGGUAAAGUAUAUGGCCUUAAAUCGGAUCAAUUGGCAUUGUCAAGAAUUUAUCCGAGACGUUAGAAUGCCUUCAUAUUUGUUGUUUUAUGUUUUGCUGUUAUUGGCAUCGACUUCAUUGGGUACAUUUGGUCUGAGUCAACCUAAUGGGGUCAGAUGAAUGAAAUCUGCAGGACUGCAGAUUCCGCCGCCCAAGUUAUGCUGGACAGAGACACUGGUCGCCCUCGUGGAUUUGGGUUCUUAACAUAUGCAGACCGCCGGGCAAUGGAGGACGCGAUAAGAGAAAUGGAUGGUGCAGAGUUUGGUGAUAGGGCAAUCACAGUGAACAAGGCCCAACCAAAGAUGGGAAGUGAGGAUCCUGACCAUGGCUAUGGUGGAGGUUACUUAUCAGGUGGCAGGGCAAGCUAUGGUGGGGGUAAUAGGUCAGUUGGGCAAGAUACUUGCUUCAGCUGUGGUCGCCCUGGCCAUUGGGCCAGAGACUGUCCAUUAGAAGGAGGUGGCCGUGGUGCUCGACCACUAACACCCCCUCGUUCUAGGUAUGGCGGUGGUGGACGUGGGGAUAGGUUUGGAAGUGACCGUGAUAGGUACAUGGAUGACCGGUAUGAUAGAGGGAACUAUGCAGAUAGGGAGCGCUAUGACAGCAGAUACGGGAACCGUGAUCGAUACACUAGUGGCAGGUACCCUCCUGGUGGUGAUCGCUUGGGCAACAGGUAUGGGGGUUCUGACCGCUACCCUCAGAAUGGUUAUGGCAAAGAGAGAGGUUUUGAUAGGGAUGUAGGCCCGAGAGGUGUGGGUGACAGAUAUGAAGCUGGAGGGCCAGCCCGAGAAGGAAGAAGCUACAGAGAUAGAGCGGGACCAUAUGACCGCCCUCAAAGGGGAGGACGCCCACCUUCCUUUGACCGUUACUGAAGUGCCAUCUAUGUGGAAGAUGUUGACUUUUAGUUGAUCUCUGCCGCAGUUUGGUGGUAUGGAGUACAGUAGGGUAACUGUAUGCCGUCUUGUUUGGAAGCAGCUAGUAGGACUAUGCAUGAAUACUGACGAAUAGAGUAAAUUAGUAGGAACGUCGCAGCGUUAUGUUUAUUCCUAGUGAAACAGAUUGGACGUCUUUAGUGUCUUUUGGUUUUGUUUUUAUGCUUUUGUAGAAGAGGGAGCCUUCCUCUAUUGGAACGCAUUAUGGUCCCCUGUAUGCCAUUUCCACUUAUUGCUCCAAUCAUACUCUCUCACAACAAGAUUGUCCUUGUGAUCAGUUAAAUAAAAGUCUUGGUCCAAUGCGUCUCCA